UAUGAUUGUCAGGUCAGGAAACUAACAACAGUCGAUCAGAUAGAAAUCAAUGAGGAGGGCAUGUCGAAAAAUGUGGAGGGCGGUGCCUUGCACUAAUCGGGCAUGUGUGAGGACAGAAUCCAGGCAGGAUAUUGAGGAGAUACUUAAGGCUAAGCUGGCAACCAUCAAGGAAGAACCGGCAGAGAUGAUGGCGCUGGAGGAAAUUCCAAUCCCCCCACGGACCAGGCGCUGCAGCCGUGGCAGGCGGUUUUUUAACAAGGCAAAGAAAAAGAUGGGACGCCGCUCCCACUUGUGUUUGCAUAACUCUUAUAUGCUUUUCAUAACAGGGUUUGCCUCCAAAGCUACCUUUGCUGGACUACUUGUUCAAUACUGAUAUGUAUUUUUACGUACCUGUAGGAAUGGAAAGUGCAAUUGAACACUCUUUUUGGUGUUUGCUGUGAUGAUGGACUAUUAUAUCAAAAACAUAAAACUGAAUUACUGAUCUGAUCAAAAGCACAAAUAAGAUGCAUGCAAUGCAAUGCAGGUAAAUGGUUCAGUUUCAAGUAACAUUAAUUAAUUGCGCGCACCUUCAAUUCGUUUUUCAACUGUACUAGCUAGUAGUGUUAAUUAAAAUGACAAGCUUGUU